UCGCGUUUUAAGGCGGUCACUCACCGUCCUGUCACCGGAUUCGAGUUUUCUUCAGUCCCUCUCUAAAACCCUAACCCUAAUCUCCAUCUCCAUCUCCAUCUUCAAUGGCGGGUGACGUUGUGUUAGAUCAAAGUGCCACAAAUCCAUGCUGUGCUGAGCUGAAGAAGAAGUAUAAGAAGCUGGAGAAGGGGAGGAACGCGUUGAGGCAAGCGGUGGACCUUCUCGAGCAUGAGACUACCAAGCUCAUUACUGAAAGAGAUCAUUUCAAGAAGGCUUACGAGGAUGAACAGUCUGGAAGGCAGACAAAGAACGAUGCACAAGAGCAACAGUCUGGCAUUAGACAUGACUUGGAGAAAGAAAUUCAUGACUUGAGAUCUAAGUUAUCUUCAUAUAAGGAAAGUGCGUGCACAAGAAGUGUAGAAGAGCUUCAAAUUAGUAUCUCUAAAGGUGAAAUGGAGAUCAAAAGGCUUAAAGAUCUCCUUGAGAAAGAGGCCAAAAGAGCAGAUUCGGAGAAGAAAAAGGCUGAUGCAGAAAACAAAAAGGCUGAACAAGCAUGGAAUCUUCUGAAAAUGGAGAAGAGUAGCAUUGAGGAACAGAGAAGUGCAUGCUCAAGAAGCCUAGAGGAACUUCAAAUUGGUAUCUCUAAAGGGGAAAUGGAAAUUAAAAAGCUUAAAGAUCUUCUUGAGAAAGAGAAAAAAAGAGCAGAUUUGGAGAAGAAAAAGGCUGAUGCAGAAAGCAAGAGAGCAGCAGAGGCAUGGAAGCUUCUGAAAGUAGAAAAGAGUAGGAUUGAGGACCAGAGGAAGAUUGCAGAAACCGAAAGGAAGAAUGCUGAUGAUGCGAAGAGGAUUGCGGAGAUUGAGAGGAACAAGGCUGAAGAAUAUAGGCUUUGCUUAGAAAGGGUUCAAAUAGAAACUGCUGACAUCAGAGAUAAAUCAGUUGCCGAUGCAAUUAAAAAGAUUGAAGCUCAGAGGCAGAAAGCAAGUAAUGAAAAGAAACGGGCUGAUUCAGAGAGAAGAAAAGUAGAAGAACAAAAUAGGCUUGUUGAAUUGGAAAGGAGAAAGGCAAUUGAGCAAAAUGCCUGCAUAAGUCGUUUGUCUGAACAGUUGGACGAAGAGAAGAGGAGGAGAGAAGAAUUAGAGAAGAUGCUAAAGGGGACUGUGCCUGUUCAGGGAGCAUGCAAGAACUGCUUACGCUUCAGAGACAGAAAAAAUAAGAGUGAUACAGAUAUUGAAGGUGCUGAUGUAAAGCUUUUAAGACAGCAACUCAAGCUGAGCAAGAAACAAGCAAAAUAUGCAAAAAAGAUGGCCCAGCAUGAGAAGGAAAAACUGAGUUUUAUAAAGCACCAGCUUUAUCUCUUAAAGCAGGAUUUCAUCCCAUUCUCAUGCCGGUUAAACUUACUAGACAAUCAUCUUUCAAACUGUGGAAAACAUACAGAAGCAAAGAAGAAGAUUCCAGAACCUUCAGAACUGCCAAACUUCAAUCUCCACAAUGGUUUAUUGGCUUGUAAGCCUUAUAAUUUUAAUUCACAAAGUGACUUUGGUCUGAUAAAUACUUGUUACAAAGACUCACAAAACUCUUCUGGUUUAGCAAGAGAAGGCAUUGGCAAUCAGUUAUCUAGAGGAAGCUGUACAAGGCCAAUCUCAGGUACUAAUUCUGAAUGGGAGUCCCCAGUUGGAGAUCCCUUCAGAAAAAAGUCACAAAGUUCUGCAAUAUGUUCAACUACCACAUCUUUAUCUCAUAAAGAGUUCAUGGGCUCACAGGGAAGAGAUGCUCUCGUCGUUUCCGCAUCAACUAAUUUGGCGAAAAACCAUUCAAAUUUGAGGACUACCAUACCUGAAGUGACUGGGGAAUUUGCUGAAAUGGGGGUUGUAGUAGAAAAGGCUGAUAGAAAGCAUUUAGAAAGAAUGCUUGUAUCCCUUGAUAAAGGAAACAAAGCUUCAGAGAGGGGGUCUAAUCAUAGCAGAAAGAAAAGAAAAAUAUUGGAUGCACUGGAGACUGUCAAAUGGUUGUGCUCUGAAGAUAAUGACUUGCGUUUUAAGAUUAGACGAGAACUUUCUUCUAUGAGAGACCUAUUUAGUGGUGAAGGCAGAUCUUGCACAAAUUUUUGCUCCCAAACCAUUGAAAAGCCCAAGCAUUUAGAUGCUGAGAGAAUCCCACUUACCAAAGAGACUGAUGAUCCUUCCAUGUCUAAAACUUAUCCUUGCAAAAGUAGAAAAAAACAAUCUUGUAGUCCAAGCCAACAUCAGAAGCAAAUGAGGAAAUUUGGAAAAGAAGGUAGGCCUGUGGACCUUCUUACUGAAAAUUCAGUUCCUGUUCAGAAAAUGAGAGGAAGUGUUCACGAAUGCAGAACAGAAGCAAUUGAUGCUGUUAGCAAUGACUCUGCUGCAUUACUUUGCUUUGAAAACUUGGUUUCCGGUGAUUAUAUGAAACUACUAAAUCUUGAUAGUGAUUUAGAUGAGAGAAGGUACAGAGAAGCAGUCGAAGUGCCUCUUUCACCAACUUUGCCUGAAAUUGAUUUAAAUUGUUUUCAGUUGUGUGGAGAUGAUGCACGCUAUUUGGUGGAGGGACCUUCUGGAUCUGAAACUGAGGCUCACAAUUCUGUGGCUUUUCUUGCUCCAGAUGUUAUCAAAGCAGAGAUAGAGUUAAAUGCAUUAAACCCACAAGUCUCUAAAGACAGGGAGCAAUUGGUGGAUAUGGAUAGGGACUUGCACUCAUCUAAAGAAGCAGGAGUAAACAUCGCAUCAAGUAGAGAACUUAUUCAGCAUCAUUCUUCUGCGAGAUUCUCUCCUUCAGAUCUAAUACUAAUAGACAAAGAUAUUGGUUCUCCCAGGGAUAAUAUUCUGAAUAACAGCGUGAAGAAUGCAUCUCAAGUAGCAAAUGGACCAGAUAAAGCUCAUGGAACAAUUGAAGGAAAUGUUGAGUUGCACCAAUCUCCUUCAAAAGUAGGCAGUAGCUUACUGCAUGCUGGAAAUGCUGCUCAAACCAGGAUUCACCGAGACUCAGACUCAGAUAUGGUGGAAGAGGCUGCUCUAGAAGUUCCUGUGUCUUCUGUUGACACAUGUCCACAAGAAGAGACUGAUAGAUUUGUACUUAAAAAGGAUUCCAUGUGCCUUGUUGUGUUCUCAAACACUAACAAUGAAGGAAGCCUACCAAAAAUUUUUCUUGCUUUAAAUACCGCUGCCAACAAGAAUUGCACAGAUCCUGGGGCAAACUUCUACACAAGAUCAAUUCUGCAUGCCUUGGCAUUUGAAUCAGAUCUUCUACCACAGGAGAAGGUCUCUGUUUUCUUUUCGUUGUUACUACAUUUUACUUCUGGCAUGACUUCAGCAAGUUCCACCUUUGUGACCAAUGAAGAAUUCUUCGCAUGCUGCAAAUCUAUUGCAAACGAGAUGAUUAGAGUGAUCUCUGAUGAGAAAGGCAUGCCAUUAUUUCAAGAUAGCUGUCAGUUAAACAUUCUUGUAAAUCUGAUCCAGGAUUUUCUGGUCAUGGGAAAAGUUUUGGUGUGUGAUAAGUCACAUACGCAAUCAGUUGACUCACAUAACGAAUUUCAGUGUCUAGAAGGGCGAUGCUUGUUAUUUAAAGAUGCAACGUAUGGUCAGCUGGUAGCAGGCAGUAUCCUGUUGGCAUCUAUUUGUGCUGAACUUGACCACAUUUCUUUUCUAUUGGAGACAUCAUAUAAAAUUAUUCGGAUGUGUAGAAGGGACACUUCUUGGGUCCUGUCAGUGUUGCAUAUUUUUGCUUCUGUAUGUGGGCGGAAAUUUUUUACUCAAGAAAACUACAGUUCUCUUUUAUGUGCCAUAGGAUUGGUGGUUUCAUUUCUUGAGGGAAAGCAAGCAUCAGUCUCUAAAUCAACAUGUUUUUCUGGCGAGAGUGAUGUGGGUUCCAGCUUUUUACCCUGUGAAGAAUGCCCAUUCUCUACAAAUGCCAGUCCCAAGGAUAAAUUCAUGUCAUCACUGCUGGAUGUGCUACAUGACCAUGCUAUGGUUGCCAUCCGUCACCCUACUCCACAAAACACUGUUAUGAAUCCAGUGCCUGAGAUUCCUGAAAGUGUGGCUACUUAUGAACAUAGUCCUGAUGUUAGACAAGAAUUUGGUAGUUUGAUUACUAACUGUGGCACAUCUUGCCCUUUAUUAAAGUACAAAAAGCAAGCUGCUGAUUGUUCUGAUCUUGUUACUCAAGAGAAUCUUUGUGCCUUCUCUGAUAUUGUCUCUUUGGUGGAGCUGGUUGCCUACUACCAGAGCUGGGAAUGGACUUGCGAUAAAAUCAUGCCUCGUCUUGCAAGUAUUACACAAUCAUGUGUGGAUGACAAUUUUACUGCUGCUCUCUGUUUGCUGCUUGGUCAACUGGCAAGGCAUGGUGUUGAAGCUUGUGGCUACCAGCACAAAGGAAUUGCAGAAGUCCGACAGCAUUUACACAUUAUUCUGACUAAAUGUCUUGGUGGGAAACAGAGCCUUCCUGUUCAGUUUGCAGCUGUUCAUUCUUUAAUCAACCUUCUUCCUGUGAGUUUCACAGAAAUCAGAGAUCUAAAUUUGGAACUCAUGACUGAGGAUGCAGAACAAUCAGAUCAUAUAAAACUCAUAAGGAAGUGGUUUUCUCUGCUGAACAAAGAACACCAAUCCUUGUCACUGAACCUUUUCAUGUCUGGACAAGUUCCAUGAGCACCAAUCAGUUUUUUCAGGUGUUUGCUUCCGACCUGUUGCCGAGGAUGAUGGAUUUCAGCACAAAAUUUUGCAUGUGAAAGCACCAGUCAUUGAAUUGAGAGUAAUCAUCGGCGGCAUGCAUGUUUUUGCAGGUAUAUUUCACGCGGUUCAGAUUCGCCUUAUCAUUAGCAGUGAACUGUGGACUUCUGGAUCAUCAACAAGCACAAUUCAGUUUUGCAUGUAUUGUUCAGAAAGAAGAUUUCUUUUUUUCACUGAUGAAAAGGGUCCGAAUUUAUGUGUCAGGCAUAUCACAAGCAGGAGGGAUGUCAGCUACAUGAAAAAUUUUGUUUUUCUGAGAAACUGGACCAGCAUUCUUUGUUUUUUCUUAUUUUCUUUUAAUUUAUUGUCGAUGCUAA